AUGUUUAUUUUAGUAAAUCAAAAAUUAAGAAAAACGAAGAACAAUACAUCUGAACCAUCAUAUGAGUUUCGUCUCGCAGAAGUUAAUCGAAAAGAUGGAUUAAGUUUAUAUUCAUCUGUUCUCAAUGGAUCUGAUCGUGUGGACUUUAUUUCUCCUGAAAUUUUACAUGAAAAUGUGGCUAGUCAUAUUCUUCAAUCAAAAGAUAUCAACGUUGAUCACGUCUCAUCUGAAGUACAAUACGAUCUCAUAACAACAGCAACAUCAAAAAGUACAUCAGAAACAACACAAGAAUUUUUUCGAAAACCUGCUGUUGGUGGCGGUCACUGCCUUUUCUCAUCUCUUUGCAACAUACUAGGUAUUUCCGAAAAGAUUACCAUCAAAGACUUACGUAAACAAGCUGCCAAUUAUAAUCGUCAACCGGGUAAAAUUGACACACAAUGUUUAACGUAUGAAACCAAGAAAAGUCUUAAACAAUAUUGUGACCAGAUUGAAAACACCAAUGCAUUCGGUGGUGAAGCAGAAAUUCGAGCUAUAGCCGAAUUGUAUAAGAUAAUGAUUCGUGUUGUAAAAGUUAAUUCUCAAAAAUUAUGCGUAUCUAUUUCUGAGCAUCCUUUAAAUGAAACAUCAUUUGAAAAAUGCUGUUAUAUUAUUCUUGAAAACAAGCAUUAUGAAUCAUUACAUCUACGUAUUGACAAUAAUUCAAAUGAAGAACGUUCACUUUUUGACUGUAAUGAUGAGGAAGUAAAGAAACUUAUGCGUGACUUUAUUAGAAAAAAGUAUCCUGAGCAAAUGAAUCAACAACAAAUAAAAUUAAAAAGUGAACCUGCAAAACAAUUUGGUGCUCAGUAUUUAAGUGAUUAUGAACCAACAAAUGAAUAUAAACGUGAUGGGAAAACAAAAGCCAACCGAAGAUGUCCGACUUAUGUUGGUGAUCAUGACGAUGACAACAAUAAGAGCAAAAGACACAGUCUCACAUUAUUGAUUCCGAAAACACUUGUGUUUCGUCAAGAUCCUGUUGCUCUUGAGCGUGUUAAAUUAGAAAUUUGCAUUGUAACACGAACCAUCGAUGGAUUUAUUUAUAGGCAUCCAUAUUUUAAAUUUUACGAACCCAGAAACGAUGGAAAAUACUCUUUAUCUAAUCCAAUGUUUAUACACCUUGGAUAUGAUGAUGGUUAUGAAAAGUUGAGUGAUACCAACGGAAAUCUGACAGAGAUCGACGGAAUACUAAACGUAAAACUCUAUUUGGCUGUCAUACAUCUUCUAAACAAAGAGCUAGUGAAAGAGCCAAUAGAACCUUUCGAAUCAUUAUAUUUCAAUAGAAAAGCGGAUAUAAUAAAAUGCAAAAAACCCGAUGAAUUAAAAAAGAAGUUUUAUUUAAAUGAUCUUCGUAUUGCUAUAACACCAUGCAUAAAAGAAGAUGAUGAAGAAGACUACACACGGCGUGUUGAUCUUCAGUAUAUUAGCGAAAUCUCGACGAUAAAGACAAAGUAA